AAGAAAACGGGUACCCAUGGGGCAAAGAAUAACCCGAUAAAAAACGGGCUCUGAACUAUUACUACUCGUUGCACACUGCACCAUCCUUCACGGGAAACAGAAAGCACGCAGAAUUGGGUUAUUACUAUUUAGCGUCCCAUCCAGUCAGACAUCAAAUACCUCAGGUGUAUGGCAACGGUGAUCUCUUCUGUGCAUGCCACACUUUCUGCCAGGGCUUCUCUCUUUCGUCAAAGUAAUGGCCUAAGAAACUUGACACUGUGCUUGCCUUUCUCAUCUUCCACUGCUUCUGUCUAUUCUGACAAACUUUCAAGGAAGAAAUGGAGGCAGCCAGUUUUCUCUGUCUUGGACCUUGGAGGUGUCAAGAUAAGCAGAGAAGAUGUGGUGAGGGAUGAUCCUACAAAUAAUGUGCCAGACAACAUAUUUUCGAAACUUGGAGUGCAGCUUCACAGGAGGGAUCAACACCCCCUUGGGAUACUGAAGAAUGCAAUAUAUGAGUAUUUUGACACAAAUUAUUCAAAUAAGUUCAACAAAUUUGAUGAUCUUUGUCCCAUUGUUUCAGUGAAGGAGAAUUUUGAUGAUGUCUUGGUUCCUGAAGACCAUGUAAGUAGGAGCUAUAAUGAUACUUACUACAUAGACCCUCAAACUGUUUUAAGGUGCCACACAAGUGCUCAUCAGGCAGAAUUAUUGAGAAGUGGAUACACACAUUUCCUUGUUACAGGAGAUGUUUACCGUAGGGAUUCAAUUGAUUCAACUCAUUAUCCUGUCUUCCAUCAGAUGGAAGGCUUUCGGGUUUUUGUUCCUGAUGAAUGGGAGGCAUCUGGAAUGGAUGCCACAUCAUUUUCAGCAGCAGACUUAAAGAAAUGCCUUGAGGGUCUAGCACGCCAUUUAUUUGGUGCAGUGGAAAUGCGCUGGGUGGAUACAUAUUUCCCAUUCACUAAUCCAUCAUUUGAACUUGAAAUAUAUUUCAAGGAAAAGUGGUUGGAGGUUUUGGGAUGUGGAGUGACAGAGCAAGAGAUUUUGAAAAGUAAUGGGAAACCUAAUAAUGUUGCUUGGGCUUUUGGCUUAGGGUUGGAGAGGUUAGCUAUGGUUCUAUUUGACAUACCUGAUAUUCGUCUCUUUUGGUCAGAUGAUGAGCGAUUUACAUCCCAGUUCUCCAAGGGCCAAUUAGGAGUCAAAUUUAAGCCAUUUUCAAAGUAUCCUCCCUGUUACAAAGACAUGAGUUUUUGGAUCAAUGAAUCAUUUACUGAAAAUAAUCUAUGUGAACUUGUUAGAGGAAUAGCUGGGGAUCUUGUAGAAGAGGUGCAAUUAAUAGAUAAUUUCACCAACAAAAAAGGAAUGACCAGCCAUUGCUAUAGGAUUGCAUAUAGGUCUAUGGAACGUUCUCUUACUGAUGAUGAAAUUAACGAUCUACAGUGGAAAGUAAGGGAACAGGUGCAGAGCAAAUUAAAUGUUGUCUUGAGAUGAUCUUUAAUAUGCUAAAAAUUUACAGCUUUGCGGUGCUUGUUCUCAAUUUUUUUAAUGUACAGAUGGUUUACAACCAUUAACAGCAUCUGAAUAACGCUAUAGACAGAUGUAUUAUUUAAUUUCCGCACAGUGAAUAUAAUACACUACAUUGCUAGCAAUAGGAAUCUGUAGCCUCUUUUUUUCCUUUUGAACGUAACUUUUUCCUGUUUUGAAAAACAAGUAACUUUUAUUGUAAGAUUGCUGGAGCCCUGCACAUGUAAUGGGAUGUCUCGCAACAAUACAAAUUGUGUUUUGUUUU